UGUACUUUUUAAAGCAACGCGUGUCAGAGUCGCCUCCUGAUCAGUUACACCGGCAGGUUUGCGUCAUCUCAUCGGUUGUGAUUCUUAAAUCUAAUUUUCGAUUGUUGGUGAAGUUUGGGCGUGUUUAGAAUUUAUUUCGUGAAAAUAAUGCAGUUGACAAGGAAGGAUUCAGAAUUGAUUCGGAGAAGUCUUUUUUUUGUUCAAAACAAAACCAAUAUCGAUGCAUUUUGUUCAAUUUGAAUCCUAACCCCCGGCAAAGUAGAAAAAAGAAUCAAGAGGUAACCGAGGAUGCUCUCAACAACUGAUGUAAAAAAUAGCUUCUCACACUGGGAACGGAGGAGCCGGCUGCUGAAGUGUCUCACCGCAAAAUCUCCCUCUUAUUUUAAUUUCAAAAAUCAAACAUCCGACGGGACAUCUCAAAGAAGAGCUGGAAGUUGGAACUUGCUGAGCCUGUGUCUUUAAACCUCUCAGGUUGGUGGAGCAUGUCACUGAUACACACACCCCCUUCCCAAAUCUAAAAGCAGGAGAGCAACCAAUCGCAGCUCUCGCUGUUUGAGCAGCCCGCUCCUGCACAUCGUCCUGUGGAUAAAAACAGGCGGAAGUUUGCGUUCUAUGUACGAUCUGAAUUGAACUGCUUUUGAGAAAAGGUCCGAUUUAUACUCACUGGCAUAGAAAGAGCCAAAGAGACUGGGCGUUAACUGGAUUACAGAUAUGAGUGGAUUCGAACUGGCAGCAGAUUUAUAGAGUGUAACUGCACUUUGUUCUUCAGACGCCACUGUUGGGUCCCUGGAUCCACUGGAUACCCAAGAGAGCCUGUUAAGGAGGAUAGAAACUCGCCGACCCUGUUUUGUAGGCACGUCUCUCCUUGUGUUAUCUGCUCGGAGGACAGCGUCCAAACCAUCUUCACCUUGACAGAGUAGCAAGGAAUGUCCCAUAGCACAGGACGAUCAGGUUUGUAGAAUUCGACGAGGGAAAUCAGUGGGAACGUUGGUAGAAAUAUUCCAGUUUAUCGGGUGAAAUAUUUCGUCCAAAGCGGGAUAUUUUGUUUGUUGAGAAGCGGUAACUGAUAUGAAAUCUCCGAUAGACAGACGGAGCUGGUAGUCCAGGACACGGUGGAAUAAAUCAACUAGGAGGCAUGUUUGUGAAUGGAAGACCGCUUCCCGAUGUGGUAAGGCAGCGGAUCGUGGACCUUGCACAUCAAGGAGUACGGCCUUGUGACAUUUCUCGACAGCUAAGGGUCAGUCAUGGGUGUGUCAGCAAAAUCCUUGGCAGGUACUACGAAACAGGCAGCAUAAUGCCAGGAGUCAUCGGGGGCUCAAAGCCAAAGGUUGCUACACCAACAGUGGUGGAGAAGAUAGCAGAAUACAAGCGACAGAAUCCUACAAUGUUUGCGUGGGAGAUCCGGGACCGGCUGCUUGCAGAGGGAAUAUGUAAUAAUGACACAGUGCCCAGUGUCAGCUCCAUUAAUAGAAUUAUAAGAACCAAAGUUCAACAACCAUUUCAUCUACCUCUCGAAGACCAUUCUGGGACGAGACUCAGUCCUGGACACACUUUGGUGCCCAACUCGACGGUUACACCACCAGAAUCUCCUCCACCCAGUGAUUCCCUGGGUUCAUCCUAUUCCAUCAAUGGUCUCCUUGGGAUUGUACAAUCCAGUAACGAAACCAAGAGGAAACUAGCUGAAAGUGAGGAGGAUAUUUGUGUGAUCAGUGCUGAUUCCCAGAGUAGUAGUGGGGGUCCUCGAAAGCAACUCCGCACCGAGGCUUUUGCCCAGCAGCUUGAGGCCCUGGACUGUGCCUUUGAACGACAGCAUUACACAGAGGUCUUUGCAACUGCCAGCCAUAACAAGGGAGAGCAGACCCCUCUGUAUCCACUUUCAUCCUUAAACAAUGGAAUGGAUGAAGGGAAGCCAAGUUUGUCCUCUUCUGCCACUCCAAUAGGCAGGAAUAUCUCUGGAUCGCAGGGAUACUCAGUAGUUACAGGGCGUGAAAUUAUGAGCUCGACACUGCCAGGGUACCCCCCUCACAUUCCUGCAAAUAGCCAAGCCAGUUACACAUCAUCUGCCAUUGCUGGAAUGGUGACUGGAAAUGAAUAUUCAGGAGGCCCUUACACUCACUCCCACUAUACAUCCUAUAAUGAUGCCUGGCGUUUUACCAACUCUGGAUUAAUAAUUCCACACCAAGGACCAGCGCACCUCCCGCUGCUGCGGCUGCCUAUGACCACCUCUAGUUUCCACAGCAACCAGGGAAUUGUGCAGAGAGAUGCCCUGGGGAAUCAUGUGCUGUCAGUCUAAUUGAUUUGAACACAAAGCAAUGUGGAAAACUCUAUUUAUGAUGAAAUUUGAACGAUGGGCAAUAAUUUCAUCACCGGAUGUUCUCAAAACAUGCCAGACAGGAUCCCAAAAUAAGUUCAGCAGUGAAUUGCCUUCCUAUUCUGGAUUUACAGAUAACUCACAACAACUAAAAGCCAUAGACCAUGGCGAGAUAGAAAUUGCUUCUGAACAGUAAGGAAAGCAAAUGCACUAUUAGUAUUGUACAUUAUACAUGGAUUUUGCAAAGUACACUCAAUAUGGGCCACAGACAUUGUGUAUACAAGGCUCUAAUAGGCUCAUCAUGUGACUUUAAUUAUGAGUGUGAUGAGUUGGAGAAACAAUAAUGUAUUGGGAGAUCUUUUCCCAGUUAAGCAGGUAGCUACAUUUAAUAGUAACUGAAUGUUACAGUGGAUGGCUUCUGCAGACAAAAAAAAAAUUAAAAUGACACAAAGCUUUACAAACAGAAAGGCUGGCGACUUUCAUGACAGACUGAUCAAGAAAUCCAUUGUACCAGCAUCAUUAUUAACCCUACAACUCAACAGAAGACCAUGACAAGGAAACAGGAACUUCAAUGUCUCUUUCCAAAAUGUCUUUACAGAGCCGAGGCAUAUCCUCAGCACUUCCACCACUGUUUAAGACAUGACAGCAAAAAUAUGAAUAGUUUAGAGAUACUGGUAGCAGCAAAGAGAAAGAAUUUUUAAAUUUCACCUUGAAGAUUCACUUGUAUUUGAACCUCCCAUUCUGCUUGCAUUUGACCUUUCAAAAAGCACCAAAAUACAGAACAAACAAAAUAAAAAUCAAUAAAUGCAUUACAAUUAGUUUACCUUUGUGUGCCAUGUCCAAGAUAAAUCUGUUUAAUUCUUUGAUGUUGAAAUGGCCUGAUUCUCAGCUUAUGUGAAAUACAUUGAUCACAUGUCUGAAUUACAUUUUUUUAUUAAGCAUACUAGUUUUAGACACGUGAGGAAGUGUGCAAUACAUAACUCAGCUACCACAGACUGAUGGGUCUUUAAGGACCUAUAACAACCCAUGUCCAAUGCCAGUUUUACAACACAUUCACUUUGGAAGGACCUGAUUAACCUGCACAGGCCUGGGAUUUUUCAUUUGCGAUGUAUGUAUGUAAACUAUGAAACUAUCAAAAGAAAAAUAUUUUAAU